CUGAUUUGUUCGCCUCACAACAACCAAGAUCCAAUGAAUUCAUCACUCAUCAGAUCCGUCAUAUUUUGCUCAUGAUAGGAUUGGCCCCACCCAAACGCUUCCAGGCACGCCCAACGCGGGGAUUGACCCUUUUCUGGGUGGUGACAGUGGCCUGAGCUGGAAUCAGGUCCCAUUUACGGGGAACCCGUCCCGCCGGGUUCGUCCCGCACUCAUUCGCCGUUCCACCAUUGCUGAACGCUGCUGAACGCACUUCCAAGACGCCUCGAAUUGUUGUUGUUGUUGUUGUUGUUGUUGCUUCGAAUGGUAUUGUCAGGAUUGUUUUCCCCACUCUCGUCCCUGUUGUUGCACUUGUGUUUCAAUAAUUACCGUUGGUGAUCUUGUUGCUACUGGCUGCAGUUCAUCAAGACCCCCCGACCCCCGACAGCCCACAUCUCCCUUGGGUUGAUACACACAGAAUUCCAUAAGCAUAAGGUGCUGCUCAGAUUCCAGAGGAUGCUGCCGUCGGAUGGCCCCUGUGCUCUCACCCGCCAAUGCCGUGCCCGGACAGAAGGACCCGAAUCGCCGGCUCCGUUGGCCGGGGAGAGCGAGGCCAUCAUGCAACCUAGGGCGGAUCGAGGCUGGUAUUGGUGGUUGUGGUGGUUGUCGCGUUAUCCUUUGUGCCUCCUACGUUUCGCGUGGGUCCUCAUCAAUAACAUGUAUUGCAUUCCGGUCCACUUCUUCUACCUCGGCCUGGCCAGUCCGCUUCUCUUGAUACGACCGGCUCUGUACUGGCGAAUGGAGCGAAUCUUUUACGAAUGGUUGUUGUGCAUGGUGUCAUGUUGGACCGGGUCGGCGGGUUAUCGGGUGCUAGAAUCCGGCGAUCGCCUCGACGAUUUGGGCGAUCAGGCUUUCGUGUUCAUGCCCAAUCAUCAAUCUACCGCCGACGUGCCCCUCUGCAUGACGUUGUUUGCCGCACGGCCCAAAUUUUGUCAGCACGUCAUGUGGAUCAUGGAUAAGGUGUUCAAAUUCACCAACUUUGGUUGGGUGGCUUGGAUGCAUUGCGAUUUUUUCAUUUUAGCGGGCAAGGCUCACCGCGAUCGAUCUUUGGUUGAACUCAAAUCCCACUUGACCGAGGCCUUUGUUCAGCAAGAUCGACGUUACCUAGUCUUAUUCCCGGAGGGCGGUUUCCUUCGUAAACGGAAACAAGUCAGUCAAGCGUUCGCCAAAAAGAACGAUCUCCCUCAUCUCAACCAUUGCACUCUGCCUCGAACGGGGGCGCUUGAAGUGGUGCUGGAUGUGUUGGGGCCUAAUAGUAGCCAGAAAUCAGCUAAUAAUGGCGUCAACCUGGUCCCGCGUGAUGGCGAGCCACCUUGUCGAUGCCUUACCAAAUUAGUGGACGUGACAAUAGCAUACCCAGAUGGCAUGCCGUUGGAUUUGCUGAAUAUUGCCUUUGGCAAUCGACCCGCCUGUACGACUCAUGUUCACUACCGAGUGUUUGACGUGCACGACAUACCGUUGGAUCCGGAUGGUCGGAAGACAUGGAUGUAUCAAGUUUAUGCCGAUAAGGAACGGCUUUUAUCUACUUUUUACCAAACGGGUGUUUUCCCGUAUGAUCUAGUCAAUCCCCAAGGGCAGCCACCAAAGGAACUGGUCCAUGACGGACGAAGGUUUCUUUUCUUACACACUUUCUAUAUUACGAGCACUUAUUUCAUGCUCAUUUGGGUACUUAUACCCUUAUAUUACAUGUGCAUCUAAUUGGAUGGCCGUUUCCCAUGCAUCAUAUUGUCAAGUACCAUGCAGAUAAGUACAUAAUUUAAUUUCUUGUACGCUUCUAGUCCGUUCAAAUAUAUUGUCAUGAUUCCAGUAAAGAGAAAUUCAAAACCAAAGUGAAAAAAAUGACUUGUGACAAAAAACAAA